UGCUCUCCUCCUUACGCUUCCAGUAAUCACUGAGGUUUUAGGGUUUUCGGGAACAGAAAUGGCGUCUCUCAUGGCGGUCCGGCGUGCUCGAAUCCCCAUACUUGCCUCCUCCUUCUUCAAGGUACGGCCUCCUCUCCCUUCUCAUUUCUCGUUCUCUUGCGGAAACCAGACGGAGACCCCAAUCAAAGCCCUAAGCACCUCGGCGAUUCCUAAUGAUUACUCUAAUUUUUCUCCUUCGCCGCAACAAAAUCCUGCAUCCGAUCCUCGAUUUCUUCAGGGCCGGAGAACGCCUGGCCAGUGGGGCACGCCGAGCCAGGUUCAUCCCCCGAGUGGAAAUUUUAAUAAUCAGUCGUUCUCGGAGUUUCAGAAUCGCGACUAUGUCCAACAGGGAAGCGCUGGUAAUCAGAUGAAUUAUCAGAGUCAGAACCGGCGCUCUCAUCCGAAUCCUGGAUUUUCCCAGCAGGGUCAGGGCUAUACUCAAGCCGGUAACCCUAAUUCAUGGAAUCCUCCGAACCAGAGCUAUCCGCAGAAUCAAAACCCUUCGUUGCCUUCGUUGCCGAACCCUCAAAAUUUCAAUUAUCAGCAACAAAGAGGCCCAAACCAAUGGAACAAUCAAAAUCAGGGGUACCCACAAGUUGGAAAUCCCGCGCAGCGGAACCCACAGGUUGAGAAUUAUAAUCAGCUGAAUAAUCAGGGUGGGGUUCAAGGACAUGGUGCUCAAACUCAAGCACCAAAUGCCCUUGUACCUCCUAUCGAUGAACUGCGGCGGUUGUGUGGAGAUGGGAAGAUUAAAGAAGCCGUUGAAUUGUUGAAAGAAGGUGUUAAGGCUGAUGCUGAUUGUUUCCAUGUGAUGUUCGAACUAUGCGGGAAAUCAAAGUCUUUUGACAAUGCAAAAAUAGUUCAUGAUUACUUUUUACAGUCAACUUGUAGAGGCGAUCUGCAAUUGAAUAAUAAAGUGCUUGAGAUGUAUGGAAAAUGUGGAAGCAUGAGUGAUGCACGGAGAGUGUUCGACCAUAUGCCUGAUAGGAAUAUUGAUUCGUGGCAUUUGAUGAUAAAAGGAUACGCGGAUAAUGGAUUGGGUGAUGAGGGUCUGGAGUUAUUUGAGAAUAUGAAGAAGCUGGGAUUGCAACCCAAUUCACAAACUUUCCUUUAUGUAAUGUCAGCUUGUGCUAGUGUGAGUGCUGUGGAAGAAGGAUUUAUGUACUUUGAGUCUAUGAAAAAUGACUAUCAUAUCGUCCCUGAAAUGGAUCACUAUUUGGGGCUUUUAGGUAUUCUUGGCGAACCUGGACACAUCAAUGAGGCUUUCGAGUAUGUCGAAAAACUGCCCAUGGAGCCCACAGUCGAGGUGUGGGAGACUUUGAAAAACUAUGCUAGAAUUCAUGGAAAUGUUGAUCUUGAGGACUAUGCAGAGGAGCUAAUUGUUGCUUUGGACCCAACAAAAGCUCCUCCUAACAAAAUACCUACACCACCUCCCAAAAAGCGGUCUGCAAUUAGCAUGCUUGAUGGGAAGAACAGGAUUGUUGAAUUCAGAAAUCCAACUCUCUACAAAGAUGAUGAGAAGUUAAAGGCUCUGAAGGCAAUGAAAGAACAAGGGUAUGUGCCAGAUACUAGGUAUGUACUUCACGAUAUCGACCAGGAGGCAAAAGAGCAGGCAUUGCUGUAUCAUAGUGAACGAUUGGCAAUUGCAUAUGGCCUGAUCAGUACUCCAGCACGAACGCCUCUCAGGAUCAUUAAGAACUUACGGAUCUGCGGUGACUGUCACAACGCCAUCAAAAUCAUGUCUAGGAUUGUUGGGAGAGAGUUAAUUGUAAGGGACAACAAACGGUUCCAUCAUUUUAAGGAUGGUAAAUGUUCGUGUGGGGAUUACUGGUAAACCCAUCAGAUUACAACACUCCACAACAUGUCCUUGAUGAGUUCAUCUCCCAAUAUCAGCAUCUCGAUGUAAAGUUUUAAACCAUCAAAUUCCUUAUGCUAACCCUGGAACAAGGUACCGGUCGGAGAUGAGCUAGCCAUUGAUUUAUAAUGUAAGGUCUGCUUAUUCUGAUGCUUAAUCGUUCGUCGUAUUAUCAUUUUUUUUCUUCUUUUACUGCUGUUCCCUGUUGAUCUGAAUUGGAAAAUGCUAGUUUUCUUCUCACUGAAUUGGCAAAAGAAGACAUCCCGGUGGCAUACCUUGAAUUCUAAAAAAUUUUCCUGGUUCCAAAUGUGGCAACUUAUCAAACAUUUUAAGGAGGCAUGCUUUGGGUUUAGUCCUGCAAAGCAUGGAUAUAACUCCCCUUUUAGCAUCCAUUUCUGAUUCUCUCUACUUCAUUACAGUUCUAAAGAUCAUGAACAGUAGUUUCUGUUUCAUUUCUUUAAA